CUCCCAGGUUUGGGGAGGGGCUAAUGUUACUUUCAUAACUUACGUAUAUCAUUUAAAUAGUGGCUCUAGUACAACCAUUCUGGCACUUCUGAAACAUUUAACUGUUUUAACAAACACAACAAUCUUCUUCAAAAUGGUUUUCCUUGCAGGGUUGGCUGGCUUACUGCUGGUGUUGACAGUAGAGGCCAGGGUUGGGGACUCCUCUGAGUCAGGCUUCUGUACUGAGACUAAAGAAUGUCUUCUGUAUGACCUGGUUUGUGAGACUGACGGCUAUGAGCUGCGUCACUAUGAACCCACCAAAUGGGUGACGACCGAGCAGGAUUCCUACUUUAUGGAAAUGGCACUCGGAACCCUCUUCAGAAGACUCUUCAAAUACAUCAACGGGUCCAAUGAGGCCGGUGUGAAAAUCAACAUGACCGCUCCUGUGAUUAUCACGAUGCAGGAAAAGCAGAGUAUGUGGAAAGUGACCACCUACACCAUGAGUUUCCUGCUGCCGUCUGCCCACCAGAGUGCUCCUCCCAAACCAACUGAUGACAAGGUGUUCUUCACAGACAUGCCAGACAUGAAGGUGUACGUGAGGAGCUAUGGGGGGUGGAUGAUGUCCCUGUCAUCCAAGAUCCAGUCCAGCCUCCUGUCCAGAGAGCUGGACGGUCUCGGGGCCACGUACAACAAAGACUUCCACUACGCUGUGGGAUACGACAGCCCAAUGAAGAUUCUGAACAGGCACAAUGAAGUCUGGUAUGUGGCUGAAGGGGAGCCAACGUGCCCUGCUCCUGAGGACCCAACCUCCGCCUGAGCAUCAUCUCCUUAACAGAUCAAGCUGUCAGUUUGGACACUGUCAACAACAGUGUUGGACAAGUAGUCUUGAUACUGUGGCAUAUUAUCCCCAACCGAUAUAUAAACGACCAUGUUAGAUAAACACUUUUAAUUCAUCAAUGAAUUUUGUCUCAUGUGAAUGUCACACAUGAUAUCUCAAAAUGAUCUUACUCUCUGCUCCUGCUCUGUUAGAGUAGAUGCACUGCAGUGCAAGUGAAUUACAAGUCAAUGUCAUUGCCUACAGUACAACGACAGCACUUCAAAAUGUGGUGUCAAAUCAACUGUAUGUUAAACAGUCAAGACAUGAGGUUCCGGAAUUGUUUCAGCAUUCUGAUUGAAAACUUAGACUGGAGUUAUAUGUACUUUGCUCUGAAGGAAAAUAAAAUCUAAAAUCUUU